ACAAAUGUAUACACACAACACACACACCAUACACACAAGCUUAAUGUAUAAAUUUACUAUUAUCAGUAGUACACUUUCCGAUAUGUUGUGUAUUCUUUUUAUAUGAAUUCAGAUUCAGUAUCCUUCCGAAUAAAUCCAAUCAUCAGUUGAAUAGAAAUUCAUUAAUUCGACUUCUACAGUUGGAUAAUACGAAAGACUGAAAUGCCAGAUAGAACCGGAUAGAACGAAAACUAAGUUUUGGUUGACGUGUCAUAGUUACCGAGAUAAUAUUUUGUGAUUAGCGAUAUUAAUUUUUAUUUAAUUCAAAAUGUUGCGAUUUUUUAUCUUUAUUGCAAUAUGUACUAUUUGUUCGACUAAUAAUACAAAAAAGUUACAGAUUGAAAAAGUUACGGAUCAAGAUCUUUUGAAUUUAAUAAAAACCGAAAAAUAUGUUGUCACGCUUUUUACAAAAUCAAAUUGUAAAGAAAGUGAUGAUUUUGAAAAAGAAUUAUUCCAUGUACGAGAAGAUUUGGUUGACAGCUUAUCUGCAUGGGUCGUUAAGGUGACAAACAGUCAACUUUUACAUCUUUAUAGUCCAGAAAAGGAGCCAAUACUUGUAUUUUUCAGGCAUGGAAAUCCUUUGUUAUAUACUGGUGCUGUAAACGAUGAAGAAAUCUUAACUGCACUUACUGAAAACAAAGAACUCGCAGUAAAAACUCUUACAGAUGAUACUUUUGAACAUUUGACUCAAGCAAGUAGCGGAGCUACAACUGGUGAUUGGUUUAUUAUGUUUUAUGCUACUAAUGACGUAAAUUCAUUAAGAAUGGGUGCAAGAUGGGAAACAGUUGGUGCAAAACUUAAGCAUAGUGUUAAUGUUGCACGCGUUGAUAAAUACAUUUCUGGUGCUGCCACAGCUAGAAGAUUCAAUGUUUAUAAUGUUCCUGAAUUUAUUUUCUUUAGACAUGGUAAAAUGUAUCGUUAUCAAAUUCCAAAAUAUGAUGUUAAUUCAUUAGUUUCCUUUGCAAGGGAUUGGUAUAGAAAUGCUCAUGCAGAGAAGGUUCCAGUUCCACAGAGCCCAUUUGAUGAUCUCACACAAAAGAUAGCAGAUUUUCUUCGUGAAAAUCCAUGGGUUAUGAAAAUAGGCAGUAUUACUAUUGGUGUACUAGUUAUCGUUUCUGUAGCUUCCAAGCUUAGACAUAAGACGGAUGUGCCACAGAAGAAGGAACAAUAAACACUCCUACUUUUUUUUUUUUUUUUUUUUUUUCUGUUAAUGUAUAUAUAUGUUAUGGGUAAUAUAUGGAAAAAAUGUUUUAUAAAAAAUGACUAGAUAGUUUAUUACAUAUAGAAAUAAUGAAAGUGUCGAGAUAGUAACUUCUUUUAAAAUAUAAUAGAUUGUAUAUAUACUAGAUAUAAAAAAGUGUUUACAUAGUAUAAAUGAUAAUUAUGGCGUAUAUGUAUGGUAAUAAUAGGAGAAAAAAUAUACAGUAAUAUUUAAAUGAUAUCCUAAAAUUACCCACAAUAUAUAAUGCAUAUUAAAAAUUUUUAAUGAACAUAAUUUUUUAAGUUUUUCUAUAGUCAUAAUCUGUUAUGCUUAAUAUCUCACUGUCAUAAGGACAGAACAUGUCUGAACUAUUAUAUUUUUUUUCUACAUUUUCUCAAUAAAUAUUCUUAUACACAUA